GAUUUUACGAUUAGUACGGCUUCUGCUAAUGUGAUUGCAAUUUCUAUUUCAUUUUUUUAAUAACUUGAUCUCUCGUCAAGUUUUUAUAGUAUUAAGUUCAACAAUACAUUUUUUUAUAGAUAAACUGUAGAAAUAUUUUUUUUUAAGAUGCCAGAUUUACAAAAAUUUGAAGACCACCGUAGAUCGAUUCCAAAACGAAAUUCUAUACCUAUCCAUUAUGUAAGGGGCACUCAUUAUGAAGUUGGUUACAGCAUGGGUAGAACAUUUGGACAAAUGAUUAAAGAGUUUAUUAAAGAUUACACACCAUUACAAGAAGAAAAUUUGAAAUUAUUUAUGGAACCUGAAGGUCAAAUUAUUUAUGAAGAAAGUCUGGAGCUAACUAGAAAAUAUUUUCCGCAGUACAUUAUUGAAUUACAAGGAAUUGCUGAUGGAGCACAAGUAUCAUUUGAAGAACUUUUUUUAAUGGCUUUGGAUGAUACUUUGCCUUUAAAUAUGAAUAAGAACUAUGUGGACAAGGGAGCUGUGGGAUGUACAUCGCUUAUCAUAAAUCAACCAGAUGGACAAUAUUUAGGACACACGGAGGAUGCAUUAGCUGAAACCGAGGACAACUAUUACAUUAUAGCAGCUCACGUUAUGCCUGGCGAGGAUGAAUUGAAUGGCGUGUUUCAAGCUCGAGAAGAAAAAUUUGAAGCUCUAGCAUAUGCUGGUCACUUGCCAGGAUAUGCUAGUGGACAUAAUUUUCAUGGAGUAGUAUUUUCUAUCAAUACGAUAUUUGUAACUAAACCUCUUAGAGGUCGAAUUCCAAGAGAGUUUAUUACCCGCGCUUUACUAUCUUCAAGAGCAGAUAUGUCACAAAUCGUUGAAAUAUUGACUAAUGAGGGUGCAGGUACAGCUGAUGCUUUCAAUGUAAAUGUAGCUUUUGUUAAUGUACCAAAAGAGUCCCGUGUAUUUUACUCUAUUGAAGUUAUUCCAAGCGUCAGUGAAUUUAAGUCACAAGUGUAUCCAGUAGAGUUUAUACCAGGAAAUAAUUCAUUACACGCAAACAGAUUACUUCAUCUUAAGUAUCCUGAAAGUAAGGAUAUACGAUCAUACGAGAGCAGUAUAAAUAGAGAAUGUCGAUACCAGCAACUUUCUAAAUGCAAAAUCCCAAGAAAAUUAAAUGAUGUAUUGGAAAUAUUGGGCGAUGAAGAGAAUGGUAUUUUUAGUAUUUUCAGGAAUCAGCCAAACGAACUUGUAAAAACUAUUCAUUUAGGUAAGAAAUAUAAAUAAUACGGUAAAAAUGACUGAAGUUAUAGUAUGCAGAGUGUUUAGGAAACAGGGUAAUUAUUACUAAUAAUGAAAACAAUAGAAACUCGUUUCCUUACACACUGAACACUCUAAGACUCACUAUAAUUCUGUUAUAUAAAACCAAUGAAGUGUUUAAUAUAAAAAACAAAUGCAUUUAUA